UUGAUUGUUUCCAUUUGACCACACAAAGAAAACCCUAGUCAUUAUCUCUUCAGUUUUUUCCCCACGGAUCAUGAGUUCUCCCUUCUCUAUCAUUUCCCACCGAUGGUACACAAAGGGUCAUAGCCUUUCUUCUUUUCAUUCUCUAACUUUCUUCUGCUCCACCACCACCACUUCGCCAUGGCUAGGGCUUCAAUCAUGCUUGAUUUCUUCAGCAUGGAGAGGGAUCAAUCCUCUUCCAAAUCUCAAAACCAGACGUCUUUUCAAUGUCAACGAAGCUUUCCAGGCUUUUAAACGAGAGGAGAUUGUAAACAAGUUCCACAACGUGACAGAACAAAUUGAAGCGACAUUAUGUGAGAUUCCAUACAAGAAAUUAGCUAUAUCUAACGAAGUUCGGGAACAGAUUGAACUCGUGCAUUCCCAAUUCAGAAGAGCAAAAGAGAGAACAUAAUCACUUGACUCGCAGCUAGAUCAGGAUUUAAUCAAGGCAGAGAAAGUAGAUGACCCUGACCCUGUAAUUCUGAAAAGACUUACAGACAAGCUGCAUCUCAUGACGAUCAAUGACCUUAAAAGAGAGUCAGUUGCUUUCCAUGAAAUGUUUAUCACAAGUGAUGAAGUUCCAGGGGACUCAUUUCAAAAGAUGCCGUCCUUGCUUAACAAGUUAAUGGAGUAUGUACUACUAGAGAACCCAGCAAAUGAUGCCCCUGAAAGUGAUAAGGACUUGGUUAAGCACAGAUCUCCUGUUAUUCCAGAUGAUUUUAGGUGCCCAAUAUCACUUGAGUUGAUGAAAGACCCUGUGAUUGUCUCCACUGGACAUACAUAUGAAAGAUCCUGUAUUCAAAAGUGGAUAGACAUACCUGGCAGUACCAGGGAUUGCGUGUCCUCAUCCAGUAACAGGUUGGUGAUUUAUGGCUUGUUCGGAGAUUCAAAUGGCUGUAAAGAAUGAAGAUUAUGUAACUAUAUUUGUGUCUAAGAUAUGGAAAGACAGUCACUUAACAUUUUCAGUAUGCGACUUCUAGGGGCUUAGGUUUGUUUUCUAUAUACUUAAUUUCUCUGCCAGAACAUUAUUUUGCUAUAGGACAUAAUUUCUUUUAGGC